GUUGUGAACACCUACUCUUGUAACCAAAGCUGGUUCGUUCUGCUUCGAUACAAAUAGUAACCAAACACAAACAAUAGCUGUGUACGGUACGAAAAACCUGACUUCACGCAGUGCUCCUGAAAAGUGUGGAUGCGUCAGACGUCAAGUGCGGCCGGAGAGAGUUAAGAAAAGUUUCACUAGUUUGGAGAAGUUGUGAAGCCACCGCCUCGUCUUGUGGAGGACUUAAAGACGACGAGGUUUGCUGUAAAACACUGAGUUCAAGUCUAUUCCAGCAGGAUGACCAGUUAUGAGUACCUGACAGGUAACAGCUCGCUAAGAUGUCGGAGUAAGUUGGAGCCAUUCCCGCCUCCGUGGAAGCCACAAAGAAGAGGAAAUGACCGACAGCAAAGAUUCGUUCUGGACAGCAUCUGGGCCCAGUUCCAGCGGAGAAGAACUCGCCCCGCCAUGUCUAAGUACGACUCGCUCCUCCACCCUGACGCGCAGGCGUACUUCCGCUCACCCAUCGUCAGAGAUGUCUUGAAGAAAACUCUUAAACAGGUACAGGGCAGCGACAUGGACGAAGCGGAGAAGACCGCUGUGAUACAGAAGCUACUGAUGGCGGGAGGACCGAAGGGUUCCAGACUCAUGCAGCAGAGCGUCGUGGUGGACAACUUGUCUGAGGUUCCUGGGUAA